UUUUUUUGAGUUCUAUCUUAUGUGGUGUUCAGUGAGCAUCUUGGAUAGAUAUCUUCUUAUCUUUCUCUAUAUCAGGGAAGUUUUCUGCCAACAAAUCUCUCUGUAUUUUCUGUUAUCCCUCCCUUUUCUGGUACUCUAGUCAUUUGUAGGUUAUUUUUCUUGAUACAGUCCCACAUGAUUCUUAGGGUUUCUUCAUUUUUUUUUUAAUUCUUUUUUGUGAUUUUCUUUGAAUAUAUUGGUGCCAAGUGUUUUAUCUUCAGUCUCACUAAUUCUGCCUUCCACUUGCUCAGUUCUGCUCCUCUGACUUUCUUUUGAGUUGUGUCAUUCUGUAAUUUUAUUGUUAAUCUGAAUUUCUGAUUGCUUCUCUGGGGAUUCUUGCAGCUUAUUCAGCUUUUCAUUAUGUUCUUGAAUAACCUUUUUAAUUUCUUCAGCUGCUUCACCUGUGUGUUCUUGGCUUGUUCUGCGUUUUGCCUGAUCUCAUUCCUGAUGUCUUGAAGAGUUCUUUAUAUUAAUCUUUUGUAUUCUGCAUCUGGUAAUUCCAGGAAACCACCUUCAUCCAGAAAUCCUUUGAUUCUUUGUUUUGAGAGCUUGUUGAAGCAAUCAUGGUCAGCUUCUUUAUGUGAUUUGAUAUUUACUGUUGUCUCUGAGCCAUCUAUAAGUUAUUCUUUUAGUUUAUUUUGUUUGCUUACUGUAUCAUAGCUUCUUGCUUUGUUUUGUUUUGUAUGCCCAAAUAGGCUGCUUAAGUGAGCUAGAUUGAUUAUUUGCUCUGAUGUCCUGUCACCAGAUGGCUAGAGCUGUUAUCAGGUAUAUUGGCCUAGGAGUCCAUUCACUUUUCUUGUAUGGAUUCAGCUCAGAUGUCCAGGUUGUUGGUCAUCAAGUGUGUGGUACAGGCUCUGUCCUGCAGUCUUAGAGGGGCAGCGGUGAUUGGUGUAGGUACAGGUAUCUGGUUGCAGCAGGGGGUCACGGUCUGAGCAAGGCAGGGGCUGACAACUCUCCCCCAAGUGUCUGUGAGGAAGGUGUGUCCCUGUUCCCUAGAGGGCAACAGGUUGGUGGGUUCUGCAGGUGGACCAUGGGCAUCCAGUGUUUUUGGUUGUAAGCGCUGGGAAGUUCGACGUAACAUUGGGCCCCUGUUGUGGGUAGCUAGGUGACGUGAGUGGAGCCAGCAGUCCUUCGGCCCCUGAUGUGGGUAGGUGAGGUCCCUGUUUAAUAGACAAAGAGGUGUCGAAUGUCCAGCAUCCACUGCUCUACCGCACAGCUGAAACAGUUUCAGUCUGCCAGCAAGGGCCUAUUCUCAUGAAAUGGGCCCACAUAGGUCCAUGCAGGGGUGAAAGGUAUUCAGAGUCCAUGGUCCGUUUAUGCCUGGACAGGAGCUGCUUCUGUCCUGAGCUCUCCAGCUUAGUGGAGCUGGCAGAUUAUCUUUUCCCGCAAUUGCAAAUUUACUCCUUCUCCAAGGCUGGGAGAAUGGCUCGGGAUGCGCAGCAGGGCCUAUCUCAGGCCCAGGGAAAUCGACAGCCACUGAAGCCAGCUUGGGGUCUGGGGCCACAGUAAAAUGAAUGCAAGUACUUAGCUUUUGCCGAGGGCACCGUUCUUCUCUGGUUUUGGAGGUGUGAGUAGGCUCUGCGGCUUGUUGUCUCUUCCUGGGGAAACUGUGUCUGGAAUGCUACCUGCAGCCCUGCCACAGUCGCUCCAGGGAAUGGUGCUUGAGGGUUCCCGGCGAUUCAGGUCUGGCAACUCCCCUUUGCUUCUGAACCAUCUCUCCCUCCCCCUGCUGCUCAGCCCAUUUUCAUACUUUGCCUUUGAUGUUCACGGCUCCUAGCUUGUCAUAAACAUAAUCGUUUCUCGUUUUUUUGGGUCUUUGUUGUAAGAAGGAUCACCAGAAGCAUCUGACUACUCCAUCACCUUGGCUCUGCAAACUUAAAAUCAUUCUGUGUUCCUUGUGAUUCUAACGUCUUACCGUUGUGAUGAUGUGAUGAUGCCACAGCGGGUGAGGCUGCAACAGGAAGCUGCUGCUCAACACCCACGAAGUAUUAUCGGCUGCCAGGUGAGGAGAGAUCCCCCUGACUCCACUGAGCGGUAUACGCACUGGAUCAACCAGCUGUCGGCCGACCAGCUUCUUACCCAGGUUUUUACUUCAAACGGCCCAACGGUGAUCAUGCCUACCUGGUUCUGCUCGAGAGCAUGGUUUUCCCACGUGGGCUGGUUUGAUGAGGGUGGGCAGAAAACGCUGCAGUGCCUGGUGGACAGAGAGUUUCCAAAGUCUGCUGCAAAAGACGUACUCAGUGUUUUCAAAAGCAAAGGACUCACUUUGAUGACUAAGGGCGUGCCGGAGGACCUGCUCUUCUUCCAGGAGCAUCUCCGCCGCGGCGGCCGCGUCGUCCGCGUGGAGCGGAGACUCCUCCUCUACCGGUACCACCCUGGGGCCGCCUCGCUGUCCGUCCUCGAAGGCACCAUCUGGACCCUCCGCGUCCGCUUUCUGGAAGAAAGGGUGCUCCCACACUGGGCGGCUUUCACCAUCUGGAAUGCAGGCAAGCAGGGCCGGCGGCUCUAUCGCAGCCUGGAGGCCGCCAACCGGCAGAAGGUGGUAGCGUUUUGUGACGUUGAUGAACGCAAGAUCAAGAAGGGCUUUUACUGCUAUGAGGAUGCCCAGGAAAGGCCCAAGCCCCGGGUUCCGAUCCUACAUUUCCGUGCCGCCCAGCCACCAUUCAUCAUCUGCGUGAAACUGCAAAGGGUCCUGCCAUCUAUGGGGAUGCACCUCAUCCUCCCACGGUUUGCUGUGGUGUCUCCAGUGAGCGUUUGGGAAUUUCCAGUGUACUCCGGCCCUCCAUGGACAUUCGUCCUCUGAAGGAUGCGCUCCAGCUACUUGGACUUGGCCCUGCAGGAGGUGAGCCUUUCCCCACUGGUGUGGCCAUGGUCUCCCAGCCUCCUCAAUGAUCCAGAGCUGACCCUGGAUGCAGGCUGCCUGGCCACCUCAGCCCCAGCACUUGUGACUUCAACCAGUCAAGGGACUCUGCUAGUCUUUUCAUCUAAAAUGGAAAACUGCCUUUAUUUCAGCAAAGGAGCCGUGUUUUAGGAUUUAAUGAAAUAAAAAUUUAUAAAGUUAAAACCAUCCAAAUGUAUAAUGCAGACUUUCUCUUUUGAGGGCUGAAGAGUGAGUGGUUUGGGGACAGCAGCC